UGGGUAGGACUGAGCGGCUUAUUGGAUGCUCCUCACAGUGACUCAGGGAGAGAGGGCGUCUCUGGGAUCUCAGUAAGUUUGGAGCUCGUCGGCUCUGCACAAGGACUUUAGGAUGAGGAGAGACAGGAGGAGGGGGCAGGGGGUCUGGGGGCAGAGCAGCACAAGCCAAGGAGAUCCAUGAUCUUUUUGGGGGGGGCUUUUUCCCCAGGAUGGGAGACGGAAUGGACUGUAACAGCAGCAGCAGCAGCCACCACCACCACCACAACAACAACAACAACAGGUCAGCCACCCUGGUGUCAGCCAACUCUGCCAAUGGGGUAAGUCCCAACGGCCCCGAGCAGAGCAGCUCCGAGCACCAGUGGGUGAUAGUGAUGGGGGUGAUCAUGGCUGUGAUUGUGCUGAUCAUAGUGGUGGGCAAUCUCCUGGUGGUCCUCGCCAUCGCCAGGAACCAGAGGCUGCAGACACUGACCAACCUGUUCAUCGUGUCCUUGGCUUGCGCCGACCUGGUCAUGGGUUUGCUGGUGGUCCCCUUCGGGGCCACCCUGGUGGUCAGGGGCACUUGGCUUUACGGCUCGUUCUUCUGCGAGUUCUGGACCUCAGUGGAUGUCCUGUGUGUGACCGCCAGUAUCGAGACCCUGUGUGUCAUCGCCAUCGACCGCUACAUCGCCAUCACCUCUCCCUUUCGCUACCAACACCUGUUGACCAAGACCAGGGCCAGAGGGAUCGUGUGUGUGGUGUGGGCCAUCUCGGCCCUCAUCUCCUUCCUGCCCAUCAUGAUGCACUGGUGGAGGGACGAGAACCCCGAUGCCAUUGUGUGCUACAAUGAUCCCUGUUGCUGCGACUUCUUGACCAACAAAGCCUACGCCUUGGCCUCGUCCAUCAUCUCCUUCUACCUGCCUCUGCUCAUCAUGAUCUUUGUCUACGCGCGGGUCUUCCAAGAGGCCAAGAAGCAGAUGCAGAAGAUCAUCAAGUGCGAGGGGAGGUUCUACAGCAGUUACUUCAUCCCCAACGGCAGGUCUGCCCGGAGGAGACCUUCCAAAACCAUAGCCAUCAAGGACCAGAAAGCCUUGAAGACUCUGGGGAUCAUCAUGGGCACCUUCACCCUGUGUUGGCUGCCCUUCUUCCUGGUCAACGUGGCCAAGGCUUUCCGCAGUGAGAUAGUCGACGAUAAACUCUUCUUGUUUCUCAACUGGUUGGGUUAUGUCAACUCGGCUUUCAACCCCAUCAUUUACUGCAGGAGCCCAGACUUCAGGAAGGCCUUCAAGAGGUUACUCUUCUGCCCCAGGAGACCAGGGAGCAGACUGGACCUGGACUCCGGGGGCUUCUCGCGUUGCUCUGGGAUGUUUGGUAACACUCUGGACCCGAGGAACCUGGAGAUGUGGUCAGACUGGAACAUGGCUCUGCAGAGCAGCAGCGAGGGGCAGGGGAGAGUUCUUAUUCGGGUUUUCUGUGUUCCUUCUUUACCGUACGAUGCAAUAAAUAAAUACAUAUAG